UGUUGUCCGUCCGGCGGACGUCGCACUCUCUCUUACCUGCCGCCCGGCCGCCAGUUCAAGUUCACCGUUCCGGCAGUCUCAUCCCGCCACACGCGUUCAAGUCUCUCCUCGACCGGCCAGUGUGCGAUUAUUGUGGUGUGCUAAACCGUGUACUGUUUUUUUAGUGUUUUUAUGCGUUUUUUACCGUAGUGCAGUGUUUUCCGUCUUGGACCCGCCUGUUGUUGUUGAUUUUUUCCUAGAACUCGACCGCUCGACAGUGUGUGGUCGCGUCUUCAAAUGUGAUCCUCUCUGGUUGCGCGGGACGAAAUGUUGAGAUUAGCGUCCCAAAACGACGGGGCCAUGACGUCGUCGUCCGAGGUGACGUCGUCGUCGUCGGCCGCCGCGGCGGCUGCGGCGGGCUUUUCCGCCACCAGCAUGUUCAUCAACGCGUUUUUCAACACCAACAGCAGCCCCAUGACCCGCGAGAGCAUCGAAUUCCUGCAGGAGCUCGACGACAGCUUCGGCGAGCCGCCUUACCAUCACCACCACCAACAUCACCAUUACAACAACACCGCCGGUUCUCAGCCCCAUCAUCAUCAUCAGUUCCACGACGUCAACCGAUUCAUGGCGCACGCUACUGUGCCCAUGGUAACAGUCAAAGAAGAGCUGUCCCCUCCCAACAGCCUGUCCGGCGGCAGCAGUCACUCCGAAGGGCUGAAAAAGAAGAAAAUCAGCAACAACCCCAUCAGCAGCAGCGCCGGCGGCAACAAUGGCGGUAACGGAGGAGGAGGAACCGGUGUCGGUAUGAAUGCCGGCGGCGGAGUGCUCAACAACCGACCGCCCGAAGAACUUUGCCUGGUGUGCGGCGACCGGUCGUCCGGGUACCAUUACAACGCGCUCACCUGCGAAGGAUGCAAAGGCUUCUUCCGGCGGAGCAUCACCAAAAACGCCGUGUACCAGUGCAAGUACGGCAACAACUGCGAGAUCGACAUGUACAUGAGGCGCAAGUGCCAGGAAUGUCGGCUGAAAAAAUGCCUGACCGUCGGCAUGAGGCCCGAAUGUGUUGUACCAGAAGUCCAAUGUGCCGUAAAAAGAAAGGAGAAAAAAGCUCAGAGAGAAAAAGACAAGCCUAAUUCUACCACUGACGUUUCUCCAGAAUGUAUCAAAAUAGAACCUACAGAGAUGAAGAUUGAAUGUGGCGAACCGAUGGUGAUUGGAGCGCCUAUGACGCCUAUUCCUUAUCCUGAGGUGAAGCCGUUGAGUUCCGAACAAAAAGAACUAAUUCACCGACUCGUCUAUUUCCAGGACCAGUACGAGGCUCCAAGUGAAAAGGACCUAAAACGAUUGUCGAUAAAUAAUGCCGAAGAAUUAGACGAAGAGAAGCAAAGCGACUCGACGUAUAGGAUAAUCACUGAAAUGACUAUACUCACUGUCCAAUUGAUUGUCGAGUUUGCAAAACGGUUACCAGGAUUUGACAAACUUGUCAGAGAAGAUCAAAUUACUUUACUCAAAGCUUGCUCAAGUGAAGCGAUGAUGUUCAGGGUUGCUAGGAAAUAUGAUAUUACCACGGACUCCAUAGUGUUUGCCAACAACCAGCCAUUUACAGCCGACACAUAUUUGAAGGCUGGUCUGGGCGAUGCUGUGGAAAAUCAGUUGUCGUUCAGUCGGUUUAUGUACAAAAUGAAAGUGGACAACGCUGAAUACGCCCUUCUGACGGCCAUUGUAAUAUUUUCAAAUAGGCCGAAUCUCUUGGACGGAUGGAAAGUAGAAAAAAUACAAGAGAUCUACCUGGAGUCUUUGAAGGCGUACGUGGACAAUCGCGACCGCGAAACAGCCACUGUCCGGUAUGCACGGCUACUAUCGGUUCUCACCGAGCUGCGUACGUUGGGCAAUGAAAACUCCGAGUUGUGCAUGACGCUAAAACUCAAAAACAGAGUCGUGCCCCCAUUCUUGGCCGAAAUAUGGGACGUCAUGCCAUAAUGAAAUGCUGCAGCUAGUAGUUACCUUGUACCCGGCCGUGCAAUGUAUGCAUGUUACCUGGUGAUUAAUUUGAAGACUGUGUAAACAUUAUAUUCGGUCAUUCAAGCGUCCAGUUAUCAUCACGACAGACACGGAAAAGCUUAGAGUUCUGAUUAUUCAACCGAUAAAAAUCGUAUUGUUUUUUGGAAGACUAUUGAUAUUUUAAAUUUUAUUGAUUUAAUUAAAAAUAAAAAGUGCAAAACGAAGAAACCUUCUUGCAUGUCAAAUAACAAUAUUGUUUGUAUGUUAGUUGUAAGCGUGCUUAAAUAUAAGAUUAUAAUAUAUUGAUCGUUGAGUGUCGAAAGGAAAGUUUUGCGAUUGUUGUUAAACACAAGGAUGAUGGAUGAUGGACAAUUAUUAAAGCACUCCCUUUUCUUGUU